GUGACAGCGGGGGCGGGGGGGGUCUCAGGGACACUGCGGGGUCACGGGGACCCCUCCAGGGCCACCCCCGGUGCCACCACCACCCCCGGGACUCUUAUUGAGGCGAGGGGCGUGGCCGUGGGCGUGUCCCUGACGUCACAGGGCGUGUCCGGGCUCUUAUCGCGGCGGGGGCUCCGCGCGCUGCUUAGUCACGGCCCCACCCCCGCCCCCCCGGCCCCGGGGCCGCGGCAUGGACCGCCUCUCCAUCACCCCAUAACCCCCCCCAACCCGGGGGGUCCCGGCUGCUCUCCCACCAUGUCCUGCCCGUCCCCGCCGCCCCCGGAGUGUCCGGCCGAGGUGACGCCGUCCCCGUCCUCGGCGGGUCCGUCCCGGUACACGCUGUCCGAGCACCCGGGGGCUGCGCUGGCCGCCAUGAACGAGCUGCGCCUCGAGGGCCACCUGUGCGACGUGACCCUGCGCGUGCGGCACCGGCGGGACGUGCCGGCCACCGAGCUGCGGGCGCACCGCGUGGUGCUGGCGGCCGCCAGCCCCGUGUUCCGCGCCAUGUUCACGGCCGGGCUGCGCGAGCGAGGCCUGGCCGAGGUGCCCAUCGAGGGCGUCCACCCGCGGGCCAUGGAGCGCCUGGUGGAGUUCGCCUACACGGCGGCCGUGGCCGUGGGCGAGCGCUGCGUGCUGCCGCUGCUGCACGGGGCCCUCAUGUACCAGGUGGACGCCGUGGUCAGGGCGUGCUGCGCCUUCCUGGGCGGGCAGCUGCACCCCAGCAACGCCAUCGGCAUCGCCGCGCUGGCCGAGCGCCUGGGCUGCCUGGAGCUGCAGCAGAAGGCCCGCGAGUACAUCUACAUGAACUUCGCUGAGGUCUCCAAGCAGGAGGAGUUCCUGUCGCUGUCCCACUGCCAGCUGGCCACGCUGGUCAGCCGGGACGAGCUGAACGUGCGCUGCGAGUCCGAGGUGUUCCAGGCGUGCGUGGCCUGGGUGCAGCAGGACCGGGGGGCGCGGGCGCCGUUCCUGCCGGCGCUGCUGCGCGCCGUGCGCUGCCACGCGCUCACCCCGCGCUUCCUGCGGGCGCAGCUCCGCCGCCGCCACGACCUCGGCCGCGACGCCCUGCGCUACCUGGCCCGCGUCUUCCGCGACCUGGCCCUGCACAAGCCCUCGCGGGACCCCCCCGGCAGGACCCCCAAGGUGCGGCAGCUGAUCUACGCGGCCGGGGGGUACCUGCGGCGCUCGCUGAGCACGCUGGAGGCGUUCGACCCCGUGGAGGGCUCCUGGGUGCGGCUGGCGGCGCUGGAGACGCCGCGCUCGGGGCUGGGGGGCUGCGCCGUGGGGGGGCUGUUCUACGCCGUGGGGGGCAGGAACAACUCGCCCGAGGGCAACACGGACUCGGCGGCCGUGGACUGCUACAACCCCGUCAGCGGGCGGUGGUCGCCCUGCGCCCCCAUGAGCGUCCCCCGCAACCGCAUCGGGGUGGGCGUCAUCGACGGCCUCAUCUACGCCGUGGGGGGGUCCCACGGCUGCACCCACCACUGCUCGGUGGAGAGGUACGAGCCCGAGCGGGACGAGUGGGCGCUGGUGGCGCCGAUGGGGACGCGGCGCAUCGGGGUGGGGGUGGCGGUGCUGAACCGGCUCCUUUACGCCGUCGGGGGCUUCGACGGCAGCGCCCGGCUGCGCUCGGCCGAGCGGUACCACCCCGAGAGGGACAGCUGGCAGCCCAUCCCCCCCAUGGCCACCGUCCGCAGCGGCGCAGGGGUCUGCGCCCUCGGGAACUGCCUCUAUGCCAUGGGGGGCUACGACGGGACGCAGCAGCUCAGCAGCGCCGAGCGCUUCGAGGUGGACACCGAGACCUGGAGCUUCGUGGCUCCCAUGGGACACCGCCGGAGCGCCCUGGGGGUCACGGCCUUCCGGGGCAGGAUCUACGUCCUGGGGGGCUACGAUGGCCACUCGUUCCUGGAGUCGGUGGAGUGCUACGACCCCGAGGCCGAUGCCUGGACCGAGGUGACCCCGAUGCCCUCAGGGCGCAGCGGGCUGGGGGUGGCCGUCACCAUGGAGCCCUGUCACCCCGAGCCCCCCCCCGAGGAGCCGCCCCCCGAGGAGCCCCCCCCAGGCGGGCCCUGCUGACCCCGGCGCCGCCGGGGGGGCCGGGGGGGCUCUGGGUGCAGCCCCACGCCCGGAAUUCUGGAGUUUGCCCAACCCCCCCAAAUCCAUCCCCCACCGGCGGCGGAUUGAGGGGCACGAGGGGUGCAGAUGUCACCGAGACCCCCCCCAAAACCUCACAGGACUUUUGCUGCGGUGCCCUCCCCGAUUCCCCCACCUUCGGCCCAGGUUUUGGGGCCGUUCUGGUGAUUCCCAGCUGCCGUUGGAGCGAGAAUAAAGCGAUUUGUGAUUUAA